UUAUCGGCUCCCCUCAGACGCUCAGGGGUUACUCUCACAGUUUCCAGCAGAAAGCAUGUGAGAAAUGCACAAAGCUGAGAGAUUUGCAGGGAUUGUGGAGGCAGGCUGAAACACUCAGGAUCAGAUCAGAGGAAACGCACUGGUUUUGACACAGUCAGAGCUUCAACGUGUUCAUUCAACAGGCUCUUCUGAAGCUGGACUGCCAGGGUCUCGUUGCUCGGCUGGUUUUGGACUUCGUUCUCCUCACCACGGCGGUAGAAGUCGCCGGGCGGUGGAGAGAACUCGCCGAGCGUCUGGUGAAGGUUUCCCGCCAACAGAUGGACGCUUACGAGGCGCCGCAUCGAGACAAGAGCGGCACGGUGGACAGCGAGGCCAUGUGGAAGCCGGCGUAUGACUUCCUGGUGACGUGGGCGGCUCAGAUCGGGGACAGCUACCGGGACGUCCUGCAGGAGCUGCACCUGGGCCUGGACAAGAUGAAGAAUCCCAUCACCAAGCGCUGGAGACACCUGACAGGGUCCCUCAUCCUGGUCAAUUGCCUGGACCCCCUGCGGAGCUCUGCCUUCAGCCCGGAGAACCAGGAAGACUACGCCAUCUGAGAAACAUCCUCCAUCUGAGAAAACGUUCUGAGAAAACGUUCCUCCGUUGAAUUUUACAUUUUUCUUAAAAUGUCACCUUUUUUUUUUAUUUCAGACUUUGUCUCAGAAUUCGA